AUGUCUGCUACGGAAUCGAGAAGUGAUCAGUCGGCUUCGAAAGGUAGGUUGAUCAUGGGUAUAGAUAUGGGAACUACUAGGGGUGCGGUUGCCGAUUUGCUACUUCCGGGCGGUGAUCAAGAGCUUGGGCACCAGUAUGAACCAGAACCUUUCCUGUUUGCCGACUGGAAGGGCUCUUGGGGAAGUGGAGAUGAGUUUCCUUUGACAGCACUCUACUAUAACGAAAAUGAUCAGGAGACUUUGCCAAUGACCGGGCAUGAGUUGAGAAUGCUGCUGGACAGCGCAAUACCAUUCAACACAGAGCGAUUCUUCCCUCUAUGGAAGUUACUUUUUCACGAUAGUAGGGACCCGGUCACCGCCUCACUCCAGGGACCAAUGUUACUAAGGCUGGAAAAAUUGAAAAAAACGAGGGAAGAUCUCCUGCGAGACUGGGUGUCGAUUGUCUACAAGGAGCUGAUUUACGACUCCUUUGGCAAUCUGCCUGCUUUGAGAAGGGGGAUAAUACCAAACCUCGAAGACCUAAAAAUUGAAGUUAUCGUUCCAGUGCCGCCAGGACGCUCAACAAUUGCACAUGAACAGGUGCGGAAUGCUUUAGUCCAAGGUCCUAUCACAUCAAAUCAGGUAUUUUUGGUCUCGGAGCCAGAGUGUUCGUUCGGAUGGUGGUGUCACAUGGAAGCCGAGAAGGGGCAGCAUGAAUGGAAGAUCGGCACAAGGUACAUAGUUCUUGAUGCUGGCGGCGGCACGGCAUGUACGGUCACCUACAAGUUGACAGGUAUCAAUCCGCCAAGAUUUAAGCAGGAGUUUGAAAGUGAAAGUAUGAUCUGCGGCGCAGAAACCAUUUCCGAGAACUUCAGAAGACUUCUGGAUGCUAAAAUCCCAGAAGGAAUAGCACAUCGACCAUGGGCGAUACAACACGCUUUGAACUCGUUCAACAAAGGAUACAAAAAUUAUUUCGGAAUCUCGAAAGACCCGCGGCCAUUCUGCAUUUUGAUACCAGGUCUGGUGAAUGAGUUGAAAAUUGAUCAUGAAGACAUCGUGCAGUGUUUCGCUAAGCCUCUGAGGAGAUUAAUAGCUGCCGUCGAAAAACAGGUGAACCAAGAUAAAAAAUCCGUUCCUGAUUAUUUAAUAAUGGGUGGAGGCAUGUGCCUUAACACCUAUAUCUCCGAAGCACUACGGAGGGAGUUUCAGCACCUAAAAGUGUGUCAACUACGCCACAACAAAGCACAUAUCGUAAAAGGUGCCGUCUGGCUGAGAUCCCAGCAAGAUUUCAUUACCCGCCGUCCUUUGAAGUAUACGGUUGGUAUAGUCACUUAUCAGGAAGUCAAUCCUUCAGUCAAGCGCUUCAGUGGCAAGGGAUAUAGAAACGAAGAUACGUGGAGAAACCAGAGAGACGGCAAACUCUAUGUAUCUGUGGUAUAUUUCUUGGCCAAGAAAGGCCAGCUCAUCGACUCCAAUCACAAAGCCACAUCCGAGGGAUUCAAGGAUGCCCGUGUACGCUAUUCCACAUCCACUUCACUCCAAGAUCUGAAUUUUGAAGACGUGGUUUACACCAUGAAUUAUACGCCUGACAAAGGAGAGACUUUUGUGUUCUUGCGUCAAGAUGGGCGAUUGGUCAAUACACAUGGGGCAUUGGUUCGCAAACCCGAAAAAUCGGACAGAAUGCGGUGGAACCCAAUGGAUAGUGGCAUCGACCUGAAGGAGUUAAAACAAAAGAGGUUUCGUGAAUCAACGCCAUCUUAUAUGAUAAGGUAUACAAUACAUACUGAAAUGACAGACGUGGGUUGCAAGUAUUGCAUCAUGAUAUUUUCCACGAAUGGACAACAGCACGGAUUCUGCGGUGAUCUUCAGGUAGAAUCAAUCACAGAUAUCCAACAGAUUUCAGAGAACCUGUCUCAGAGCUUCGCUUUCGGACAGCGACAAGUUGCGCCAGCACGGGCAAGUAAGCCAGCUUCCACGGGUGUUUCCGAGAGGCCUACGAAGAAGGUGACACGUUCGAGUCUUCGAACUUCCAAUCUUCAACAGAUCUCCAAAGCGGCCAAUGCUGUUAUUGGCGGGCAAAACGAACCAUCUACAUGGCCAGCAACAGAGGAAGUCUCAAAGGCGGCUCGACUUGUGAGGGAUUUUAAUGGUGACUCUCCCCUCGGAAGCCAUCCAUUACCCAACAAUCUCUUGGUUACACCUUGUCGCCCCACGAAGCGAACAUGUUUCUGA